GAAUGGGAUAUCAUGUGGCUGGUGUAAAAUGGCGGAGGGUAGCGGAGGGACGGCGAGGGACACCUGCUCACGGUGUCGGAGGCCGUUUCAAUUCCUUGAAAGAAAAUUACACCAGAAAUACAACUGUACAACAGAGGAAUUAAGUGCUAUCUGCUUUGAACAGGAAAGCAAUGCAAUUAAUGAUGGACUUUGUAAAAUGUGCGAACGAGACCAGUAUAAUAACUUACUUCAGAGGGUGGAAGGCGUUGGUUUUUCAAUUGAAAAAGAACGUAAUGGAAUUAGAAAUGAAAUGCAUAAAGAAUUUGAAAAAAUUUACCAGUCUCUUAAGAACAGGAAAGAUGUAUUGUUAAAAGAGCUAGAAUUCAUAGAUCAACAAUAUCUUAUUGCAAUUGGUGAAGUCCAAAAGAUAUUUGAGGAGAAGAUUAAUGCUUUAGACUCUGCCUUGCAAAAUGAAGUGGAGCCCAAACAUGAAUUUCUCUCAGCAUAUUGUAAUGAACAGCAGAUAACUGAAAAUUUAAAAAACCUGGACCAAGCAAAAUGUAUGAUAGAAAUGCUAGAAUCUAGAAUUGAUCUCCGGUUUCAGAUCCAACCUGGACCUUUAAUAACAGCCCUUGCAACUUUAGGAAAAAUUGAACUGGGAACAGAAAAGUUUCUUACUUCUCGGACAGAAAAUAUAUUGUUUAAUGCUGUUUUUGAAAAAAUUAUAAAACAAAGCUGUCAACCUAGAGAAGGACAGAAUCUUGAAAGUUACAAAAACGAAUCGUCUGCAAUAAAGGUGGAUUCUGUAAUGGACUGUAAUGUGAAUGGACCAACCAUGGUGGUUUCUCGGCUGAGUAAUGGCCCAGUGUUAGAGGAGAAGUCUUUAUUACACAAUCAAAGCAGAUUAUGCCUUGCAAGAGAUACAGAUGUUGAAGGCAUAUUUGAAGAUAAUAAGCCAAGUAUAAUUUGUGAUAAUGAUCUAAAAUUUCUGAGACCAGUAUUAAAGAGACAGAAGCAAACUUUUCAUAGGAAACAUGUUUCAGACCUUGGCUUUGGUUGUCAUGCAGGUUUUCAGGGAUUGGUUUCAGUCAGUCAUGUGAUAAAUCCAUGUCACUUCUACGUUCAGAAAUCUUCAGAGAAACAGAAGGCUGCUCUUCUGGCUGCAGAAGCAGACAACCUCUACCGUAGUAUGGAUAUGCAAAACUGCCCCGCAGCUGUUCUGGAGCUUGAUGAGAGAAUUAUUGUUAAAAGCAAUAUUUUUCAUGCAUGGUGCAGAGGCACUAUCACAGAAUUGGUUCCAUCAGGAGAAAAAGAAGAGAAAUUUAAUAAUUCUACAAGUUACCAAAUAACUGACCUUGCAGUAAUCCAAGUGUUUUUGUUGGAUUUUGGACAUACGGAAAUCCUUUUACUUCCAGGAGUUGAUAGUCCUGUGAAGAAGUUGGAGGAUGGUGUGCAUGUUUGCGCACACGUCAGUGACUUCAGCCUGUGUGUACGAAAAUUGAACCCCCAGCUGAAAGGACCAUUAAAUAAUACAGCUCCAUUAGCAAUCAAAUGCUCAUUGAAAGAUAUUGUGCCAGCAAAUCCUAGUAACAUUUGGAAUGUGGAAGCUAGGAAUGAGUUUACUCGAAUUGUGGAUAACAAGGCUGUACAGAUGAUAGUUUUGGGAGAGGAGGGUGACAGACUGCUUGUGGAUUUGCAAAAACCUCCUCUGGAUAAGAUGGAGAAUGAUGUUCCUGUAUCGCUAAGGGAUGCUCUUGUUUUCUUAGAACUGGCCAGGUUUGUUAAUGAAUGUUCUGUUCCCACAUCAAAUCUGGAAACCAAUCAGUUAUCAAUGCGGUAUUAUCCACCAGUUAUACCACCCUUCUUAAAAGAGAUUCAGAUAAUGGUGACUCACAUCAAUAGUCCAUUGGAUUUCUACAUUCAGUUGAUUGAUAAUGUGGAUCUUCUCAUUCUUACAAGAAAUAUGUAUGAAUUGUACACUGGGAAAGAUGUCAGUUUGGAGAUCUUGUGCCCAGUUGUAGGACAAGCAUGUGCGGCACUAUUUGACGAUGGAGGCUGGUACAGAUGUCAAAUUAAUGGGUUGCCUGGACAUAAAGAAGUUGAUGUCAAAUAUGUAGAUUAUGGCAACACUGCAAGAAUACCAGUAUCAAAAAUACGAAAAUUAAAAGGGGACUUCCUAACUCUACCAGUACAGGCUUUACAGUGUAGACUGUCUAAUGUGGAACCUGCCAAUACUGCAGAAGGCUGGAAUGAUUGUGUAAAAGAGAGAUUUAAACAUCUGACACUGAACAAAUGCAUGUGGUGUAUAACUUGUGAAUCUCUAGGAAACAUAUUAUCAGUUUACUUACUUGAUUCAUCAAUGCAAGUUAAUGGAACUAAACCUUGUAUAAACAAUAUCUUAGUUGAAGAAAACCUAGCAAGCUUUACACAGAACUGUUCCACGGAUAUCGUUGUAGAGCACAAUAACAGAGCUCCGAAUUUCAAACAAAUAUAUGAAAGUAAAGAACUAGAUGUUUGCCAGGAUGUCGUAAAAUCUCAGCUGUUUAAAGGGAUGGACUUGCUGAUGGAAGGACAAAGUAAAAAUGUUUCUGAUUUGGAUCAGCAUGUCGAUGUGAAGGUCACAUUUGUGGCAUCUCCCAGCAGUAUAUUUGUUCAAACAUUAGUGUCUCAGCGCCUGCUGAAAGAUUUGCAGGAGGAAAUGAAAGAUGUGUAUUCAUCAUCUGAACAUGAUAGGGUUGAAUGGGAGGAAGAUAGGGACUGUGCGCUUUUGGUUUCUGAGACCAAAGAGUGGCGAAGGGGAAAAAUCACCAAAGUGAUUUCAGACAAGGUUGUGGAGGUGUUCUGCUAUGACUUUGGAAAUAAAGAAAUAGUGAACAGCUGCAAGUUAAGGCAGCUAAAAGAAGAAUUCCAGUUUGAACCUCUGGCACUUGAAUGUUGUUUAUCAUCCAUCAGACCAACCGGAGGGAGUUUAAAAUGGGCAGCAACAUCAUGUGAUUUUUUGGAAGAUAUUCUGAUCGGAAGUUCAGUUCUUAUCAAAAUUGAGGAAUCAUCUUCCAAGUCGCCUCUGCAAGUGAAGCUGUACACAAAGGAUGAAAUUGGACAGUUUGUCAACAUAGCACGGUACUUGAUCAAGAAAGGCCUGGCCUUGCCUCAGAAAAUUUCACCUGCACCAGAUUAUAGAAAUGUACGGAAUGAGCUGAAGCAAAAUAACAGGCAUGAGUCAUUGGGCCAGGCACCUGAAAUUGUUGAAUAUUUGGCACCCAGUCAUGAAGAUUGCCCAUCCAGAAAAGUGUACAAACCACCUGUUGUACCAAAUAUGAAUACCUUCAAUGUUGAAGUAACCGGUGUUGGUGAUGAUGGAGUCAUCUAUGGAAUGCUAGUAUCAUUGAAAGCUCAAUUCACCAUGUUGACUAGUGCUAUACAAACUACUAUAAAGGUUUUACCAUUUCUGAAGCCAUAUUGCUAUAGCAAAGAUGAAGGCUGUAUUGUUAAGGGCUCUGAUACCCUCUGGUAUAGAGGAAGGAUUUUGGAAGUGCUUGGGGGAUCUGUCAAGGUGCACUACGUUGACCGUGGAUACGCUGAAACAAUCCCACAGUGCCAUGUUUAUCCUGUGCUUGUGUAUCCUGAUAUUCCAGAGCUUUGUCUACCAUUUCAGCUUUAUGGAGUGACGCCAGUAGGAAACAAGUGGCAGGAAGAUGCUAUUCACACUCUGAGAGAAUUACUUGUUCAUAGAAUAUUAGAGGUGGAAAUCAAGGUGCCUUCAGAAAAUCGCACACCGAUGCUAUUAGUUGAUCUCCGCUUGGACGGAAUGUCUGUUUCCUACUUUAUGAUUCAUCAUAACCAUGCAGUUCAGACUAAAAAAGCUGCUUUAACAUUAAAGAAAGAUUCAUGUGGCUUAAGUAAUGAAGAAACCAUUUCUGAAGAAAACUGGGAUUUGACACUUGAAGGUUUACUAUCUUCACAGUUUGAAACAGUUAUGUUACUGGAAUAUGAUUAUCCACUGUUGCCAUUGCCUGGAAAGGUUUUCCCAGUAACUGUAAAACACCUAGAAACUCCCAAUCAGGUCUUUGUCUCUCUCGGUGUAUGGAAAGACUUUGGACCUGACAGUGAUACUGAUGAUAGUGGCAUAAACUAUGAAUCUGAAGAUGACCUUGAGCAGUCUCUGAGAGAGCUUAAUCCAAAUGCAGAAGCACUUCCUUUACUCACAGAUUUCAGAUCUGAAAUGCCUUGCCUUGCUGAAUACAGUGAUGGACGAUGGUACAGAGCAAAGGUACUGUCAGUAGAUAAACUUCAUCCAUUGAUGAUUCUUGUGCAGCAUGUUGAUUUUGGCUCCACUGCAUUACUUCAACAUACUAGGCUUCGCCAGAUCCCUGCACACCUGGUGAAGCAUCCUGCACGAGCCAUCAAAGUUAAGUUGGCAGGAUUUAAACCACCAGCAAUUAUGAAUGAAAUGAACCGACUCACUUACAGCCCAGAGUGGUCCAUGGAAGCUCUAAGGACAGUGGUUGACAUGGUACAAGGGAAUCAACUAACAGCAUUCUUGGUUAGUUUACAUCCAGAAGUCUCAGUGUUCUUGUAUAAAGAAGGAUCAUUGAUUCAUCUUCCUCUUGUGGAAAGGGGCCUGGCAGAUUUGGAUAUGUAAGAGUACCAACAAGAUACUGAACAGCUUUGAAACUACUUUCAGCAAUCUGCAGUUUGGUUAUAGCUACACUUUCUUUGGCAACUUUGCUAAUUGCAAACUACUGUUCUUGGUUGAAGCUAAGUUGAUGUCCAAACUUUCAUUUCUGAAUGAUGUUGAGCAUGUCUUCAUUUUCCUUUUAAGGUAAACUUAAGUAUCUUUCAGUUCAUGAUUGUUUGACUGUAAAAGAAUGUCUUUCACUGAGUUACUUUCUUCCCCAUCCUUGCAAUGGUGUUAAAAUAUACCAUUUUGCUUAUUACUACAAAUUAUUAUGAAAAUAAUGUACUGCCGGAAGCUUGCAGUUGUCAAUUUUUGAAAGUCUAUCAAUGUUUGAGACUGAUACCAAAGUUUCUUUUGAAUAAAAUUUGUUCCUGAAGUGUU